UCCCAUUACCUACUUCUGCAAAACUUUCUUAGACACUCACGGAAAAUUUGAUCAUCGAAUUGAUAUGCAACAUUAUAGUUCACAACAAAUUUAUGAGGUAGUCAGAUUCUUCAUUCUGCGACAAAUGCUUUGAUUUCACAACUCAAAUUUCCAUAUCAAGAAUUUGUUAAGAUGUUUCGACAUCGUGUAACUACUCCAAGUAAAGAAUGGAUAACUGCACCCAAGGGUUCACCUCGAUGGAUUAAAGGUGUUCAAUCUUUCAUCCAAUUUACAACACAAAGUCUUGGUGAAGGUAUCACAGAAUUUCGAUGUCCUUGCAUGAAAUGUAAGAAUUUUCGUAGUUUACCAAAAUCUCUAGGUUAUGUACAUGGGGAUAUCCUUGAUAAUGGGUUCGAUGUGUCAUACCGAACAUGUAUCCAUCAUGGAGAGCAACCUUGGGUGAAUAAUGUUAAUGCUCCCACCUUACCUGCAAAUAAUGUUGUGAAUUAUGCUGCUGCAUCUCAUUCGAAAUCUAUGACUUGUUCAAUGAGGCGCAUGGAGGUGUACUUGGUCUUGAUACCCCUGAAGAAUGCCUUACUAAUCCUAAUCACCUGCCGGUUGCUGCUGCUGAAGAUGGUUCUGGUGGUAAUGUUCAAGAUAAGGCUACUAUCGAGUGCAAGAAGCGCUUGAAGGAUGCAGUGCAACCCUUAUCUCCAGGUUGUGGUGAUGAACAUACAAAACUGUCAGCAACAGUUGAGUUGCUAAGUAUGCAAGCAAGGUAUCAAUGCUCUGAUGUUUUCAUGACUGAGUUAUUAGGAUAUAUGAAAACUAUUUUACCUGCUGGGAACAUGUUACCAUCUACUUGUAGUAAAGCUAAGCAGAUGAUCAAGCCAUUUCAGUUGUCGGUGCAAAUUAUUCAUGCUUGUAUUAACGAUUGUAUUCUCUAUCGCAAGGAUUAUGCCAAUGAUGAUAAGUGUCCUAAAUGUGGUGAAAGUAGAUGGAAAAAACCACCAGAAGGGAGUAUUCCAACUUCUAAAAAGGUUCUGGUAAAGAGACUGGGGUAUUUUCCGGUCACAGAAAGGUUGCAACGGAUGUAUGACACCGUGUGGAUUGCUGAGUUGAUGACAUGGUAUGCUAAGGUUCAAGAAAGUGCUACACACAUGAGACAUCCAGUGGACUCUGCACAGCAGAAGGAAAUUGAUAAGAAGUGGCCUGAGUUUGCUUCUGAAAAAAGAAAUGUUCGUCUAGGAUUAGCAACAGGUGGUUUUAAUCCUUUUGGAAUGAUGAGCACGCACAGUACUUGGCCUGUUAUGAUUGUUUGUUACAACCUUCCACCAUCUGAAUGCAUGGAAAAGGAUUUUAGAAUGUUAACCCUGCUGAUUCGUGGUCCACUUGGUCCCAACCAUAACAUUGAUGUCUAUUUACAGCCACUGAUCGACGAGUUAAAUGAGUUAUGGUCACUCGGAACGGUAACCUACGAUGCACAUACGAAGACUGACUUUACAAUGAGAGCAAUGUUGUUGUGGUGUAUACAUGACUUUCCUGCAUAUGCCCAUGUUUCUGGUUUGCGAACUUCUGGAAGAUAUGGUUGUCCUGUGUGUGGAGAAAAUACAGAGGCAUUUUGGCUAAAAUGCGGUUCCAAAUUUGCUUAUACGGGUCAUAGAAGGUUUCUAAGAGAUCGGUUUCACCCUUAUAGAAAGAAAACAUCCCAAUUCAACGGACCAGAAGAUUUAAGGGUUGCACCAAGACGUUUGAGUGGCAGCGAAUUAUUCAACAAGACAGCAACUGCAGAUAAAGAAUUUGGGAAGUUGGUAAAGCAUCCUGCCAUUGAUUCUUCUUGGUCAAAGAGGUCAAUUUUUUUCAGCUCCCAUAUUGGAAGGGCCGGCCAUGCAUACAAGCAAAGAAAGCUUUGCUUGAGGCUACAAAUACAAGGAGGCCACGUAAAUUUUGUUUUGUCCGCUGUAGUAAAGAGUGUUGGUUGACCAGUAACAACUAAUCAAGGUAGUUGCCUAAGUUAAACCAAUCAGUAUAGUUGAGUCUUGGAUAAGAACUUGGUAACAUAAAUAAAGAUUACUGUAAAGUUAAACAAGUACCUUAGAGUGAUACAUAUGCUUAUGUGCGUAUAGUUCGGUCUAUAUCCCUUUUUCAAGGUAGUUAGUGCUGAUAAGGAUGAAAAUUCUCUAGCUUUUCUUUAAUUAUUUUCUUGAUCAGUUAGAAUUUUAACUGGUAAAAUAUUUUCGUGUUUUAGAAGUUGUAUACCCCGAUUUGGCAUUAUCUUCUAAUAACCUAGUGUACGAUAAUGACAUUAGCUCCUCCAUUGUUUCUUGAUUCAGUCAAUGUGUAAGUUGAGAAGUUGACAUGAAUAAUAUAAAUUUUCUUAUAUGAGGGAUUUUGGGACUAAACAAGACUAUAAAUGAAUAAAUCUCUAGUACGAUUUUGUUUUGCACAUCUAAAUAGUCGAAAUUUUGUUAGACAAUUAUCUUAACCGUACAUAGCAUUCCUAAACUAACUCAUGUAGGUAGUUUACUUUACAGUUUUAUUUUGCUUGCGAAUAGAAAAGCAUACAAUGAAAGAUUAGGCAUUCUAGAAAGAAAAAAACUUUGGCAUGUCUAUUAGGAGCCACAAGUUUUAGUGUUGCUUGGAGCCAAAAAAUUGUCAGGACCGGCCCUGGCUGCUAUGCAUAAUUAACACACUAGAUCAUGUAACUCUUCAUAAUUCAUAUAGUACUCAUCAUAUUUAACUGCUAGCUUCUCUUACCUUUGUCUUAUAGUACUCUUACACCUGUGUUGCGCAAAUGGACUUAAAGUUCAUGUAAACGAGAUAUAAUUCAUAUAGUACUCAUCAUAUUUAACUGCUAGCUUCUAAAAAUCUGGAUGUAGAAAAGAAUUUUGCAGAGAAUCUGUUUGGAACUUUUAUGUGCCAUAAGGAUAAGUCCAAGGAUGGGGCUCCAACGCGAAGAGAUUUAAAAAUGCUAAACUUAAAGCCUAGCUUGUGGUUGACGGAAAGGAAUGGACGAGAGAUACCCCCUCCUGCACCUUAUUGGAUGUCUAAGAAAGAAAGGGAAGUUAUUUGUAAAACUUUUAGCACACUUAACGUUCCAAUUGGUUACAGUGGGAAUUGAAAAAAAAAGUAUGCUUGAAAGAGUUCCAAUUGAAGGGUCUAAAGUCGCACGACUAUCACAUCCUUAUGCAGGGUUUAGUACUUCUAAGGUUGUUAUUGAUCGUGCUGAGCUUCGUGUAAUGCAUGAUCGUGUCGUGGAGUCGUUAUGCGUGUUUGAAAUGUAUUUCCCUCCUGCAUUUUUUUGUUAAUAUGACUCAUGUUAUCGUAUACUUAGCAGAAGAGGCAUACCAAUUGAGGCCUGUUCAGUUUAGGUGGAUGUACCCUUUUGGGAGGAUGAUGAGAGUCUACAGGGUUCUUGGUCGCAACAAAAAUUAUAUAGAAGGCUCUAUUACAAAACAAUGUGGGGUCAAUGAAGGAGCACGCCAUUGCGCCGAGAUCCUUCCCGAUGCGAAACGAAAGUAUUUGAAGUGUCGUGGAAAGAUAGAGAUGCCCUGUGAUGCUUAUGAAGGUCCAUACCCAGUUGGUUCGCAAGGAAAAUCAUGUUCAUUAACCAACUUAUAGUAUGAACAAGUUCGUUUGUGGAUAUUGAGACACGCAGAUGAAAAUACUGAAUGGGAAGCGAAAUACGUUAUAUAUCUUAGCAACUUUAACCAAACUCAUAUGGGAAGGAUGAAGCGUUUGUCCUACAUUCCGUGGCUACAGGAACAACUUGAAGGUCAUUCCAUGACAAAUUUCCGUAGGCUGGCAAUUGGUCCUUCCUUCUCCGCAGUUUCGUGUAACGCAUACUUUGUUAAUGGAUAUCUUUUCUAUACGGCCAAUGCAGAAAAAGGUUUUAUUACACAAAAUAGUGGAGUUACCAUGGAUGCUUGUACCAGUUUCAGAGAAAGUUCCAGAGAUACUAACCUUGUCGAUGAUGAUACUACAUACUACGACAUUCUGCAAGAUAUAUUUGAAGUGGACUAUGGAGUUUUCACAGAAGUUGUUUUUAACUGUCAUUGGGUGUGAACGGAAGACAAAGUAAAGGGAUCAUAUGUGGAUCGAGAUACAAACUCAAGGUUUGUCAACUUCGAAAGGUCUAUGAAGAGAUCAAGAGAAGCCGACGAGCCAUUCAUCCAUGCUUCUCAAGUAGACAAGUUUUUUACUGCCAAGAUAUGACAAAGAAGCAUUGGAAUUUGGUUUUGGAAUCUCCAAUAAGAUCACACCCCAAUAAGAACGCUUAUGAAGAUCCAUUUGUCUUUACUGAAGCCGCGAAUGAAGCUUCAUCAAUUUCGACAACUGUCGGAGAUGAUGAGUAUUGGAAUAGAGAUGCUCUAGCCAAUGAUGAGUUUUGGGAUCAAUAUGUUGAGGAAACUACCUGAAUGUGGAUUGUGGAAUAUAUGCAAUCAUGUACACAGUUACACCUAAUUACAGAAAGGUACGCCAUUAUGAAGUAGGAAUAAGUUCUUCAUCCUCAUCGGAGUAUAUGAUUUUGUUGUUUAAUCAAUAGUUUUUUAGUUCAUCCUUUUGUAAUCGAAUCCUAGAACUACAGAUUUUAAUCCUUUGUGUAAUUUGAAACCAAUGAAUGAAUGAAUGUUAAAUUAAAUGAUUAUUUAUGUGCAAGUUUAAUUUGUUUCU